GGUAACGUCACCGGAAAACACGCUUUCGUCCUUUUUACGCGACUAGGGCGGGCGAUUUGAGCGGACUCAUCGAAACCAAGAAACUACCGUUUGUGUUGCAAAAUACACACGACACGAAUCGGUUGUUUUCCCGGUAGAAGGUCAGUAUGAACGGAGGGACACCUCAAAGCAUAAUGUCGGAGACAAAUAAUCUCAACAGCUCGCUGCGGAGACGGUCACCACGGCUGAGUUCUCCUCAGGAUAACUUAAAAACGGACAAGAAAAUGGCGCCUGCGUCUGUCGCCGUCAAACGCUCCAUAACUGUGAGGAAAAUAGCUCCCAGAAAAACAGUAGCACCGUCGGAAAAUAACAAGGAAAAUACGCCGAGACGCUCGGAGGGCAGCCAGCAGAAGAAGCAGAAGGUCUCCACCCCAGGUCCUACACCGGGUCGUGGCGGCUCCUCCUCGGUUGAGAAGAAGAAGGAGAAGAAGAAGGCCGCUAUGCCCUCACCGAUCAUCCCCUCGUCGCCGCCGCCCUCUCGUUCCCAUCAACCGGCCAUGGAUCCAGAGGACGAGGUGUGGUCGCAGAAAGUGCGCCGGUCCUACAGCAGGCUCAGCGACAAGUCAUUCAACAGCCCCAACUCCCGUGAGACUUUAUUCGGCUUUGAGAAGCUACAGACCCCCGAAGUGGCCCGGAGUGCCCGGCAGUCCAAGACAGGUCUAGAGGCUUCUGGAUCCCUGUCAUGUCUGAACUCAUUCACGUCUCUACUCGAGGUGGAUGACUGUGGUUCAGCUUUCCCCGAGCCGGACCCAAAUAUCCCAGGAGUGGCUGUGGUGAAGGAGAAGAGGAGGAGGAAGAAGGUCCAGCAGAUAGACGCCACAGAGCUGGACGUACUGGCCGCAGAGAUGAACGCAGUGUUUGAGGAAGGCAGAGGAGUUUGAGCUGGUCGUGGAGUAAAACACUGAGACUGACAGACUUGGACAGACUGAAGGAAUCUCCUGUGGCAUGUUGUUUUUGUCACUGACAUGCUGAGAAAACAUUGACUCUGGGAGGACAACACUCUGUGCUUCAUACUCAAAACAAAAACGUUUUUGUAUAUUUCCAGUUCUUCAUAUUGUACAUUUUGAUUCUUUGGAUUUUCCUAUGUUUGGUGUUCCAUUUAAAUGCUCUUAAUGUGGUUGUCUAAGUCUUUAUGUGCAUAGUAUAGUCUCACAUAAGUAUUGUUUUGAUUUCAAAAUGGCCAGUAGUUAGACAAGUAAAAGCAUGUUCUUUCUUUCCAUUGCAGUUAAAACCUUGAUACAGAUUAUAUUUAGGAGUUGAAAUGGUUAACUGAUUAGUCGCUUGAAAGACAAAUAAUCAGCAACUAUAAGUUAUUCAUUUUUUCAGUUGUUUUUCAAGCAGAAAAGUGAGCCAUGCCAAAUAUGAUCAGGAUUAGCAUCAUUUCUUUUGUUAUACAUCACAUCAGAUCAUUGUAAACUAUUGGUCAAACAAGACAUUAAAAGACAUCAUACUGUGGCUCUCCAAAAUCAUAAUGGUCGUUCAUUUAAAUGAAUAUUUGGCAGAUUAGUUGAUAAUGAAAACAAUUGUUGUUUGCGGCCCUGAUUACCUUUUAUGUUACUUGGAAUUGUUGACUUGGAAUGACAUGACUGUAUUUUGUAAAUUUAAUGUUUUCAAAAUAGACUUGGAAUAUGUUUAUGUUCUUUGCUCCUCAGCCACAAACUGGUUAAUUGUGCAUGUGGAAGUUAUAAGUGGUGCAGAAACAUUAAAACAUAAUUUGCAGGACUGAUACAAUGUGAACGCUAUAAACACACAUAGACUGA